AGUCUGCUAGCUGCUAGCCAGCUAGUCCGCUGCGUGCGGUGCCUAUGAAUAGUCUCAGAUAUGAUGAACGGUCGUACAGGCGCGAUAGUUGCCGGGGUGUGUGGAGCCGUUUUCAUAGCAUAUUGUAUUUAUUUCGACAGAAAGCGGCGGAGUGACCCUCUCUUCAAGCAAAAGCUACGUGAACGUAGAAGAAAGAAAAAUGUUGCUAGUGACAAGUCUGGACUGGCAAGGCUGCCUGACUUGAAGGAUGCAGAAGCCGUUCAGAAAUUCUUUUUGGAGGAGAUCCAGUUGGGAGAGGAGCUCCUGUCACAAGGUGACUUUGAGAAAGGUGUGGAUCACCUGACCAAUGCCAUUGCAGUAUGCGGCCAACCUCAGCAGCUGCUUCAGGUGCUCCAGCAGACGCUGCCACCUCCAGUCUUCCAGAUGCUGCUCACCAAACUGCCCACCAUCAGCCAGCGAAUCAUCAGCUCUCAAUCUUUGAGCGAAGAUGACGUCGAAUGAACUUUUGUCAGAAGGAAGUGUGCUCGUGAAUCAUCAGUUCUCAGUCUUUGACAGAAGAUGAAUGAAUGUGUGCGAGAUGGAAAUCUGCUUUUACUGUUCUGUAAAGGGAUUUCAGACUCUUAUAUUUGUGCACUGUGUGGUGCGACUGCAGUUGUGAGCCUGAUUAUAUCAGAGUUCGACCUUUGGACAUCAGAAGACGAUGAUCCCCUCUAUCACAGCACUCCGAGGUGAAAGAACUUCCUCAAGGUUACGUUUCUGGGAAAUGUUAAACACAUUCCAUCUUUCUAAUCUCUUUCCCACCAGAUCUCAUAUGUCCUAGUCAUCUCUAUCUUCUAAUAGUUUCCAAAAGUGAUCAUGUGCUAUAGAUUGGAGGCUUUGCUGGUAUGAUAUGCACUAAAUAAACAGUUAUGUAAACAGUUUGUUACAUAUGUGAAGUGUGUGUGUGUGUAAGAGUGCCUACACUAAGCAGAAGAUGUUUGUGGAAUAUUUGUCAAGUAAAAAAUUGUUGUUGCAAUACCAGGUUAAUGUUAUUUGUAUAUUCCAGUCUUUGGCAUCUGGACAUAUUUUUGUGUUUAAAAUCCUGCAAUAAAACAUGAAAACACA